AUGAAUGCGGCAUGCCUAAUUUCAGAUCUGCACAAUGUGAGCAAAGCGCAUACGAUUGCCUCCUCCUCGACAGCAUCCAGCAGCUCGUCGUCCUCCUGCUCGACCAGCUCGGCGGCAGCGGCAGCGGCGGCAGCAGCAGCCAUUAGCUCGGCGGCCGUGGCUGCGGCCACCAGCAGCGCAGUCGUCUCCAUGGCCACGCAUUUGGCCAGUGCGCAUCAGUCGUCGCCCGGUCACCAUCAUCCGCAUCAACAUCCGCAUCCGCAUCAGCAUCAGCAUCAUGGGCAUCAUAUGGGCGCCGGCGGUGGGCAGCUGCAGCCGCCCACGCACCACCAUAUGGUGCAUGCCCAUCCACAYCCGCUGACCCAUCAUCAUGCCGCGCUGGCCAGUCUGGCCGGACUGCGUGCGAUGCCGGGUGGCAUGAGCCUGGUCAGCGGUUUGCAGGCGGCGGCAGCCGGUGGCGCCAUACCCGAUCUCUGUCCCGUCUGUGGACUGAAGCUGAGCCCCGAGGAAUGGCAUACGCACUUCCUCACCGAGCUGGACCGCCUGUACAAGCUGAGCGCCGGCUUCGAGCGCGCCAAUCUCCAGGCCACCUACAUGUUCGCACCGCCCUGCCCAGCCCAGGAGAAUGCCAUACGNGCACUGACGCCCAAUAUGCCGCCCUCCAGCAUGCACAACUCGAACGCCCAGCCGGGCAAAUUGGAUGGCAUACUUUAUCGCACGGCGUGCGUUAUUAACCAGAAGGAUGCGCAUGGAGAUGAGCAGGAUGUGAGCACCAACGUGACGGCAGCCAGCAGCAGCAGUGUCAGCUGGUCGGGCGAGACAACGGCCAGCACUCAGGCGCACAUCAGCGUGAAAAACGUCAGCGAGCUGUCAUCUACCACACAUCACUAUUACAAUGCGGACUCCUGCGGCGUGGGCGUGGCUGAGCAUAGCAACAGCGCCAACAGCAGCAGCAACAACAACAACAACAGCAGCAGCAGCACCAACAACAAGGAGCUAAUGAUGGAUACGGCCAUGUGCCAGAACGACAGCGAUGAGGAUGUCAUUGUGGAUGACGAUGAAACUGUGAAAAUGACGACCAAGUCGCACAGCUUUAAGCGACGGCUGGAGGAUAAUGUGGCCAGCAGCCGCAGCUUGGAAAACAUUUCGCCCAACGAGGAGCGUCCGCGAUCGGAGCCACAGGUUAGCAGCACCGAGCCAGGGCCAAUGGAUAUCUCACACAGCAACAACAACAAYAAYAACAAYAAUAAUAAUAACAACAACAACAAUACGMCAACUGCAACCAAAUAUGCGGAGACCAUGGAGAACAGUCUGUCGCAGCUAUCAUCAAUGGGCGUGCCGGGAUUAACACAAUUGGACACAAAGACAGGCAUAAAGGAUCUCAACACAGAUGCG